UCUACCUGAAGGUGCUUUUCGGGCAUGGGCCUUGUUUUGACAGCUGGAGCUGGUAAAGUGAGAUAACGGCCGUUUCAGUCUGGUGGGAAUUAUUAGUCUCGGGGAGUACGAAAACCAUGUCCGCCUUUAAAAAGCUUUCCCUGGAGCUGAAGGUGGCGCUGGCCGCAGCUGCAGUUCUCUUCUCUAUGGUAGUAUCUAGAACGUACCUCAUAGAUAACAUCGAGAGUGUGACACGCAUGAGACUGUUCCGUGUACAGUUUCUCGUACUGGUCAAUGUACUAAUGCUGAUAGGCUCUUUGUACAUCUGGAAAAGAACUGUGGUGUUUAAGUCUUCCCAAGCGGCACAGUCCUGCUGUUUGUCAGUAUGGAAGCUCUGUGUACUACUUUUUCUCACAUUGGCACAUUGCAGUUUCUUUACUUUAAUCUUACUGGUUGGAGAGGAACCCUACUUGUUCGCUCAGGUGGCCUACACCUGCCUUGGGGCAUAUGUCAUUCUUUUGUUUUGGUUGUUUGUGCUGGGGUGCCUUGAGCAGUGCCACAGACUUCUGCUGCGCGGACGUGUAACCAAGACAGCGAUGCUUAAUGGCAGAAACGUUUCCAAGGUAACGUUGGCAGUUGCAGUGACAGUAGUGCUUACGGUUAUUGGUUUGUUGAACGGCUCCAGGCCUCCUGCUAUUACACGCGUUGAAAUUCCAGUUCAUAGAUUGCCAAAGUCCUUUGAUAACAUGAAGAUGGUUUUGAUAUCUGACAUACAUCUUGGCCCUACAGUUGGAAAGACCAAACUGGAAGUGAUUGUGAAGAUGGUCAAUAAUUUAAAACCAGAUGUCAUUGUGAUUGUUGGUGAUCUUGUAGAUUCUCAAGUGGUGAAUCUUAAGUCCGCCGUCGAACCAUUAAAAGACCUUAAAUCAAACCUUGGGACUUAUUUUGUAACAGGUAACCAUGAGUAUUACACUGUUGAUGUUGACAACUGGUUUAAGCACUUGCAGUCACUGAACAUUCAUCCCCUUCAUAAUGAAAAUGCCAAGAUCUUUAGUACUACAAGCAUCAAUGACUGGAUUUGUCUGGCUGGUGUCGAUGACAUCGAAGCUGCAGUUUUACGGUACCCUGGACAUGGCAUGAAUCUGGAGAAGGCUUUGAAUGGGUGCAGUCAGUCUGAUGUCAUAGUACUGUUAGCUCACCAGCCACGUGCAGCCAAGUGGGCCCUUGAGACUCGGCCUGAUAUUAGCCUUGUACUUUCAGGUCAUACACAUGGAGGACAGAUGUUCCCAUUGACGAUCGGUGCCUACCUGAUGAAUCCAUUCUUUGCUGGUCUAUAUAAGGUUGGAGAGAGCAGCUAUGUGUAUGUUACUACUGGAACCAUAUACUAUGGCAUUCCUAUGAGGCUGGCCAGUAGGUCAGAAAUAGUUGAAAUCAUCUUACAGUCUCACUAACUUGAACUUACUGUGCCAAUAUUUGCAUAAACUUUGAAUACAGAGCAAAGCCUACUGCCUACUAUAACACACGUGUGAUUGUGACUUUCAAGUGUAUAAAAGGAUAUUUAUAUCAAACUGAAGUUCAGAACAGAUACAUGUACAAGCAAGGUGUUUUGUUCUUUUUUUAUAGAAACAUUCAAAUGAGACAAAAACUUUGAUUACUGACUGAUAGCAUAUUUUGCUGUGAAAAUAGGUAGAAAUAGAACGGAUUUUCGAUGUAAGAUCAGUGUAAAGCUUAUGAACUUCAAAGAUUUCUGCAACAGGCAUUCAGAAAUGUAAUAUAAAUGUGUUUUCAGACUGCACAUUAUUGAAAAUGCACUUUGAAAGUAGUGAGAUUCUGCCGUUUAAGUGGCAUAAUACUAUUUCCUUUGUAACAGAACAAUGCAGUUUCUAAAUGCACUGGUGGCCAGUAUCCAACACUAUGUCACUUAUUUAUGCUGUCUUUUCUGAUCUGAAAAGGAAAACUAAGGAAGAGAGGUUUAGCAUUCUAGUUAAUUAGAAUUAGAGUAUGAUAGUAAUUAAAUAUAAUUGUAGUAGAAGCUAAGAAAAAGAACUCUAGCCAGUAAAAUAUUGUCAGAAGGUUAUUUAGGUAAAAUAUGAUGCCUAGUCCUUCAGGCUACACUUUAAAAAACAGUUAGUUAUAUAUUUCAGGUCUAGGCACCUCAGGUUCCUAAUUUUUUCAGGUUUGUGCAUCUCAGGUAACAGUAUGCAAAGAAUGUUUUCUGUUCUGUUUUUGUUUGUUUUGUUUAGCCUCCCUCCCCC